CAGCCGCCGCCGCCCCGAAAGGAAGCCGAGAGGUCCGAAGGAGGAGAGCAUGUCCGAGACGGCGCCCGAAGCCCCCGCCGCCGCUGCGCCGGCCGCCAAGGCGCCGGCCAAGAAAGCCAAGAAGCCCGCGGCCGCCGCCAAGCCGCGCAAGGCCGCCGGGCCCAGCGUCACCGAGUUGCUGACCAAGGCGGUGGCCGCCUCCAAGGAGCGCAACGGCGUGUCCCUGGCGGCGCUCAAGAAGGCCCUGGCGGCGGCCGGCUACGACGUGGAGAAGAACAACAGCCGCAUCAAGCUGGGCCUGAAGAGCCUGGUGGGCAAAGGCACGCUGGUGCAGACCAAGGGCACGGGCGCCUCGGGCUCCUUCAAGCUCAACAAGAAGCAGCAGCAGCAGCAGGAAGCCAAGGACAAGGUGGUCAAGAAGAAGCCGGCCCUCAAGAGCAAGAAGCCCGCCCCCAAGAAGCCCAAGAAGCCCGCCCCCAAGAAGAGCCCCAAGAAGGCGGUCAAGAAGCCGGCCGCGGGAGCCAAGAAGCCGGCCAAGAGCCCCAAGAAGGCCAAGCCCGCCAAGGCCAAGAAGCCGGCGAAAAGUCCCGCCAAAGCCAAGGCGGUCAGGGCGAAGGCAAAGGCCGCCAAGCCCAAGACUCCCAAGGCGAAGGUGGCCAAGCCCAAGAAGGCGGCGGCCAAGAAGAAGUAAAGCGGCUCCUCUGACACUUCCGAUCCCAAAAGGCUCUUUUAAGAGCCACCCAAUUUUUCCUUUGAAAAGAGCUGGCUUCAUUUGAGCCCAAGCACUCGCGUCAACCCCCCUUUUUAAUGGGAACAUUUUAGGACGUCUGAAGUGCCUGCUUGAAACCCUUCCACAAGGACUCUUGGGAAGGUCGUAGGGGUCUUUCGUAGUCUCAUUUCUUCCGGGCAGCGUUUUUGGAUAUUGAAGCAUGGAUGAGUGGGUGGGAUAAUCUUUGCUAUGAUUCUUUUAUCUUCCGAUCAAGAAUAGCAACUGACUUCCCUAAGUAGGUAGGAACUCAGAACCGCGCUGUUUGUUGGACAGGGAAUGCGAGGUAAAAUGCUUGAUGAAUUUUCGGUAGCACCAUAUUCUCCCGUAAAAUCAGCGAGAGCGCUACCCUUCGUUCUUUCCGCCACGACUAUUGCCCGGAUAUUCCUCCCUAAUUAUGCACAAUCUUUUUAAAAAUAUAUAACGAUAGUGGAGGACGGGGGAGAAAGAAUGUCUAUUGAAUGAAUGCAGAUAUGCAGAACUAUUGCAACCUUUGCAAUUCCUGAAAAUUGCCGAUUGGUUGAGAAAGCUAUGAUUCGUUUUAAAAAAAUAACCCGGGCUACAUAAGGAUUCGGUGGUGACUUCAUUUCUAGCCAAUCAGAGCUAACGUAGGCACUGCGCAUAAUGAUCUAACUGCAAUGCUGCUUUUCCCGAUAUUUCGUUACAAUGUAAUGAAGGGAUGUGAAAGUGAUCGGUGUUGCUGAUAUGGUGUAACCCAAUUUUCGGGAAUGAUCAUGAGAUGUUAUCCAAGCAUUAAACUAUUUGAGGCGUCCUUAAGUUUAAGGAAGAAAAAAAAUGCACAGUAAACAUUACUGUUUUUUUUUAAUGUUUAAUGUUUUUUUUUUAAAAAAAACUAAGGAUGUUCGAGGCACUUUUGCCCAUCACACCGAAAUAAAAUGUUGAAAUCAAGUACUGAAAAGGAAAAGAAAUACAGUACACUAAAUAUUUCUGCCAGCAUGCUUGUAAAAUCUUCCUUGGUAAACGGCUUUGUUAUAAUUCACAAAUCACAACUCUCAAUUUCCUGAGGUGCAUUUAAUCUCUAAAACUUUUUUGUAAAUUACAAAAGGCGGUACAACUU